AUGGCCGAGGAGGUCAGCCCUUCUCCUCUUCCUCGUCCACAGCCCGAAUCACAGCCUAGAUCGAGAUCGAAUCAAAGCCAACCACGCAACCAGCCUACGUCAAAUCCCAACCAUCCUCAAGCUGACCCCGUUUUCCCUACAAUGGAUCUGUUUCGCGCCACCAUCGCUAGACUCGAGAAAGCCAAGAAGGCUGGAACCUGGGUUCCGCCGAUGAUGGGUGCUGGACUUGCAUACGAUCUGACCCCGGCGCCGGAGUUCAUAUCGAUGGGAAUAUUCAUCGACCUCAACCAGCCCCAGCCAGGAGAAAAGCCCCAGCCGCCGAAGAACAAAGAGCACGCAUCAACCAUCCUACCGGUUCUCUGCAUGAAACUGGCAAAGGCUACUGAAUUAUUUUACCACACCAUGCCGGACCAUGAGAUGCGGGACUGCCUUCCCAAAUACGCAAAGACAUGGGGAUACCUCUAUCGAUUCUUCAGCCGGAAGAUCCACGAGCACGUCUCGGCUGUCUCCCGCGCCACGCUAGAUCGUGGGUUCCAACUCACCUGCACCAUCGUAGCGGGGGCUAUGCAGAAUGGCGGAUUCUACGAGAUGAUGAAUCAGAGUAAUGAGGUGCAGCGGGCGUUGGUGAUUAAUGGUCUCUUUAAACCGAGGCAUAUGUGGUAUUUGUUCCGAGACCAAUUCAAGGCCGUCUCCUUCCCCUUCAUCUUCCACAAUGGAGAGAAGACGCCGAUCUCGCGUAUUAGAGCUGGGAAGGCGAUUAUUAAGGCUAACUACCUUGAUGUCCCGUAUCAUGGACAUGCGCGGGGCAUUGUGAAGUCUUUGAGGAGGCUAUCGGCGUCUCCGGAUUUUAAGGACAUGGUGAGGAGGCAGAGCGGUGGUGGAGAUAAGGGGGGUGGAAAGAAAGGUACUCGGGCAAAGAAGAGGAAGGAGAAGGAAGAUGGACAUGGGAUUGCUAAGAGGAGUAAGUGA